GGUAAACAAUAUGGCUGAUAACGUUAUUUUGUAACUUCGCGAUGGGGGGAAAACACUGCUGCGUCGUUGGUUGCAGCAAUUCAAAUGAAAAAACAAAAGGACAGACAAGACACAUAAGUUAUUUCUCAUUUCCGAAAGAUCCAGAAUGGAGAUCCAAGCUGAUAGCGGCCGUCAACAGGAGUGACAAGGCAUUCAACCCUGAGUGUACAUAUAUAUAUGCUCCGUGCACUUUGAGGAGAAGUGUUUUUUGUUUCAUGACAAAACGUCCAUCGGCACCUAUUCCAGAGAGAGUUACCUACAGUUCCCUGUCAAAUCUUCAGAAGACACUAAAAAAUAAAGACCUCCUUGGCUGGAGCAUCCUGAAAACUGACAGUGAUAUCCUUGUUCUUGGACUAUAUGAUCACUCCUCUGGAUGCCUUCAAAAGACAGUUACAGUGGACAUUUAUUUAAAUGUCAAUGUCCGCUUUGGGGAGGUACUGGUUAGGAUGAAGGAGACAAAUCUAAGCAAGGUCCCCAUCAGCAACUUCCUCCAAGAAGUGUCUCAAGUAAGGAAGUGCUCGGGAUUACCUGAUGGCCAGAAUUACAGUGGAAAAGUUUAUCGAUUUGUUUCCACUGUAAUAAGAGACAAUAAACCUGAAGUGGAAACUAUUGUUAGAUCACAGAGAUGUGCUGGAGGUGUGAGCUCAGAUGACACCACAGCUCUUUGUCCAGCAUGUAAGAUUCUCAGCAAUAACACCAUCAUUGUGUGGCAGAGUGGUUUUAAUAAAUAA